CAUUAAGCCACGGUUAAUGAGCAUGAUCUCCUCAAAAAGGUGGAAGCAUUCAGUUUUUGUUCUUUCAGCAGCAUAUGUAAUCUUGUUUAUUACUUGGCGGAUGAUUUUGAACUCACUCUCAACAAUCUUGUUGUAUCUCUGAGUUCACUUAUACCAAUUCUUCGGAAUAAUAGUUUGAUAUCUUUUAGUAGAGAAAGACGAAUACUUUACUGCGGAAAAAGUCAGAUGAUUAGAAAUAGUUUUCUUCUGCUUUAUAGCCACCCUUUAUUCGCCAUUCAUGUUUAUACUCAACACAAGAGAUAGGGUUUAUGGUGACCCUGAAGACUCGCCUUGCUGAUGACUUGUAGCUCUAGUUCCCAUACCUUUCUUUGUCACUUUGUUUAUGACACCAUUCAUCGACACAGAACAAGAUCUUCUCUUUUGGUUUGGCUAUUUUCUUUAUGGCUAUUUCUUCGCUUAUUGCUCAUACGCUAUUGUUGACAACCUAAUGCAUAGCUACCGUUGCAAGUGGCUUGCAUGCCUGAAUCCACUGACUUGGAUUGUAGCUCCUGCUUUUCUCAUGAGUUUCUAUUUUAACAAAGAAAAGAUCAAGCAAGAAGCUAUCCAAAGAAGACAAAGACAAAUCGAGACUGAGCAAGAGAUGAGAGAGCGGAGAAGUGAAAAUAGGUCUGAUGAAGUAGAUCUUGAGGAGUCUUCUGGGAAUCUACCAAAGGAGGUCUUGAACAGAGGACAGAUGCUACAUUAUAUUCCUUGCGUCGAUCGUAAGGCAAAAUACAUCAAGAAUCUAGAAUGUGCUAUAUGUCUGAGUGGAUUUGAGUCUGAAGCAAGAAAAGCUUUGCUCUGAGGUCAUGCUUUUCAUGAAGAAUGAAUUCAAACGUGGCUAGAUGAAUAUCAAACAUGCCCUGUUUGAAGGCGCCCUGUCGAAUACUUGAAAGAGCAGGUUUAGAGUAUAACUACCUCAUUCUCU